AUUUCCAUUCCAUAUUAAUGCGCAACGCCUAUUAGGUAAUUCAUGAUUGAAUUAUGGUAAAUGAAUAGAAAUUGUCAACAACGUAUUGUCAUAUAAUUUCUGGGAGAUGGCGAAAUUUUAUAAACUUGAUAUAAAUCGUACCGAAUGGGAAAUACCUGAAAUAUAUCAACAGCUUCAAGCAGUCGGUUCUGGCGCAUAUGGACAAGUGUGUAAAGCAAUUGUACGUAACACAGGCAUGAAAGUGGCCAUAAAGAAAUUGGCACGUCCAUUUCAAUCGGCUGUUCAUGCAAAACGAACAUAUCGUGAGUUGCGUUUACUCAAACAUAUGGAUCAUGAGAAUGUCAUAGGAUUAUUAGAUGUAUUUCAUCCCGGACAACCACCAAGUUCUUUGGAAAAUUUUCAGCAAGUGUAUUUGGUAACACAUUUAAUGGAUGCUGAUUUAAAUAAUAUUAUUCGUACCCAAAAACUUUCUGAUGAUCAUGUUCAGUUUUUGGUAUAUCAAAUUUUGCGUGGCUUGAAAUAUAUCCAUAGUGCUGGUAUAAUACAUCGUGAUUUAAAGCCUUCAAAUAUUGCCGUAAAUGAAGAUUGUGAGUUGCGUAUACUUGAUUUUGGCUUAGCAAGACCGGCGGAAAGUGAAAUGACUGGUUAUGUUGCCACCAGGUGGUAUAGAGCUCCCGAAAUAAUGCUAAAUUGGAUGCAUUAUAAUCAAACUGUAGACAUUUGGUCUGUUGGCUGUAUUAUGGCUGAACUUCUUACAGGACGCACAUUAUUUCCGGGUACAGAUCAUAUCCAUCAACUUAAUUUAAUUAUGGAGAUACUUGGGACUCCCACAGAAGAUUUCAUGCAAAAAAUUUCAUCCGAAAGCGCUCGAAACUAUAUACGAGCGUUACCAAAUAUGGCACGCAGAAACUUUCGCGAUGUAUUUCGGUUCGCUAAUCCAACGGCAAUAGAUUUACUUGAAAAAAUGUUGGAGUUGGAUGCCGAAAAACGAAUUACAGCAGAGCAGGCUCUAGCUCAUCCAUAUAUGGAAAAAUAUCAUGACCCUAGUGAUGAGCAAACAUCGCAGUUAUAUGACCAAAGCUUUGAAGAUAUGGAUUUGCCAGUUGAACAGUGGAAGGAACUUGUAUUUAAAGAAGUUUUAGGCUUUAAACCACCACAAGCUUUUGCAGAAGUCCUUGAAAAGUGCAAAUGAAAUGCUUAAAUGUUAACGUAGUUAAAAUUUUAUUAAGAUAUAUGUACUUAAACAAUUUAUUGACCACAUUAAAUGCCUUGGUAUAACCCUAUUUAAGCAUUAUAAAGUUAUCUUAGUGUGCAAACGUUCUCAAACCCGUUUUUAUGGAAUUUAAGGAUUUAGAACAGUUAGAGCACUAUUCUAAAUACUUACAAAAAAAAUUGUCAUGUUGUUCUUACAACUUAUUAUACAGUGAUAAGUAAAAACAGAUGUACCAUAAACAUGUAGUAAGCUCAAUUGAAUUUAUUUUAUAAUAUUAAAACAACCUUAACAAAUAAAUAACAAUGGAAUUUUUGAAAUAAAUAGACACUAGUUAUUAAUUUAAAAAUUUUGAUACCUCCUGAAAAAGUUUGCACACUAAGUCAACGAUAUUUUCUUAAAAAAAAGCUUUAAAAGCUUUUGCUAAUUAAAAUUUUUAAGAAUGUUGUAUUUACAUUUUCAUUAUAAUUGUCAACAUUUCCUGUGCUGUUUUUAAUAAUAUAAUAAAACGUUUAAUGAAAGUUAUUUGUAUUUUCUAACGAGUUAAAGCCAUUUGAGAACUUAUUUAAAAAGUUGCUGAAACCUCUGGGUUCCUUCGUAGUAUGAUCAAAGUAUGUACCGAGACAGGGUCAAACGUACAUUGUUGUCAUUUUUCCUACUGUGCUGGAUUGUUGGCCAAAUUUCUCCCAAUUAGUGGGUACUCGAUUUGAUGCUAUGUAUAUAAUACAUAAAUUAAUGUAUUUAAUUUUUCUGAACUUAUUAUUAUGUUGAUGUGUACAGUUUACAAUGUUAAGUGAAUAUAACUGUCAUAAAU